AUGGACGGAAAAUUCUCAAUAGCCUGGCAUGCAACUAGAGUUGAUCGCAAUGGAUCUACUGGACUGGCUAGAACCUACUCUCACGUUCGUGUCACGAUGAAAGGGUGGGUGAAGGUGUGUGGACGUUCGAAAGGGGUGAACUACGUUUCGUACCACUCAUUCCGAACACCCGCACCCUCACCCACACUUUCUGUCUUUUGA